CCCAGCAGGCCGCUUACAGAGCAAAUAACAGGAGCAGGCGAGGAAGAAGCAGUGAACAGCACGAGUGAGACCCACUUACAAAUGACGGAAACUGAGAGAGCCAGUCCAGAGACCGGGGGUAAACCCAUGGCCUUCCGGUCUCAAAAAGAGAUGUUUGAGAAGAUGGAGGAGUCUUUUAAAAUCUGUGCGCGUUGCGAGAAGCAGCCAAAUCAGCUUCCAAACCCGCAGAGCCUGAAGCGUUGUGCCAGGUGUCUAAAUGUUUACUACUGUUGUAAAGACUGCCAGAAGGACGACUGGCCCAAACACAAGAAGUUCUGCUCACAGCUGCGCCUGGCUGCCAUCGACAGAGUCGUGGAAUGGCUUCUGUUCAAAGAGGAUCUUCCGUUCCCGACAGAAAAAUGGUCCAGGCCGCAGUCAGAGGUUAAAGGCUGGGAUGACUGGCUCGCGAUGCAGGGAGAUCUCACGGCUCGCCUCGACCCCGUUUUAAAUGGAGCCAACAUGAAAGCCUUGUGGACCAGCGCUGGCAGGCGUCAGCCUGACGACGAGGACCUGAAGCAGUCCCUGUGGAGGGUUUGCAGUGAGUUCUUCUCCAGGCCACUGACCAUAGCCUGGGGGAUGAGGCUGUUUGGCCUUAAGCCGUGCUCCAAACCUCUCACCAUUCACCUGGUGGGAGCAGGAAACAGUGAGACCCUGGGAGCCAGGCUGACUGACUAUGACGAGCUGAACAACAUGUUCCCCGGGCACCAGGGUAUCGAGAUCGUCAUGGUGGGACCGGAGGUGGUGGACGGCCCCAUCGUGAGGCCUCCUCUCAGGGCGUUUGGCCCCAAGCAGAGAGUCUACAUCAGCGUCUACAAGGGGCUGUACCACCAGUUCUGGGAGGAGCUGGUGGAGAAAGAGGAAGCAGCCAGACCAGAUUUGGUGGUCGGGUUUCAUCCUGGAUUUGAUGCCAGUCAGGGCCUGGACCAGGGCUGGCUCCCCACACUCCUGCUCCUCAGGGACUAUGAGGUUCCUUCUCUUUUCACGGCUCUCAACGAGGCAGAGAUGACCUACUCCCUGCAGAUCCUGCUGGAGCUAGAGAUGGACAUGAAGGGAAGCGGAGCCAACCCCUUCGCCUCGCUGAAGCCAGAAGUGGUGGGCUCGUGUCUCAACAAGCCCGCCGUCUACUGCAACUCCCACUACUUCUGUUUUCAGGGUCUGCUGGAGACGGUGGAGUUUGAGGAACCAGAGUAGGCCUGAAGGAGCUGAUUUAUUUCUUUAUUUAUUUUGGACUAUGAGGCAUCGUUUUUGAAUGCUUGUAUUGUAUUCUUACAAUUAAAUUAAAAAAAUGUGUGUAAAUCCAUGUGGAUAACUGUUAAAAGGCCACGUCUGUGAAUGUUUGACAUUUGCAUUCACUAUCUCAGCUUGACACCAUGU